AACCCGGUAAGAACGCCUGGAUCUAGGCAAACCAGAACAGAACAGGAAGUUUAGAGAUCACAAAUAUUCGACACCUCUAAUCAUCCACACUAGAAUGCGUUCGAAAAGCUUUCGUCUUCCAAUGAAAUUUGCUAUAAUCGUCAUUUUAGUAUGCAUGGUUCCUUUGUCAGGUUCCACGACCGUUAUUUGCCGUCCGGAGAGUUGCAAUAUCGGACAAGUUCUGCAAGGAAUCGCUAACAACACACGUGUUAUUUUGCAACCUGGAGAUUAUCUUCUUGAUCGCAACCUUGCACUUGCUUACCUCGAAAACGUAACGAUCUAUGGUUCGUCAGGAGUUAAGACAGACGUCCAUAUACGAUGCAAACCCGAUUUUGGCUUUUAUUUCUCUCGAAGUCGAGGCAUUUCAUUUAGUGGAUUCACUGUAUCGAACUGUGGGGCGAGCCAUGUUAGUACGUCACUUUAUAACGUAACAGUCAAGGCAGCCUUCCAAUUUAUCUACUGCCGGGAUCUUUCGAUCAAGAGCGUAAGCGUGUCUAAUAAUACCGCGAUUGGAGUGAACUUGUACGACGUUGGUGGCGAGGUUCAGUUCAUUGAUUCUCAUUUCUUGCAUAAUAGAAGCCCUAACAAUUCACUUCCCAAGAGGGGAGGACAGAGGAGUGUAGGAGGGGGUGGUGGAGUCUACGUUCAGUUUACCUACUGUGGUGCUUAUUAUGGUGACUCCUGCAAUGAUGAUGACAAUGCAGAGCAUGAGAAUUACAUGCAUCACAACAACUAUACAAUUGAAAAUUGUUUAUUUAGUGACAAUUUUGCACCAGGGCCACCUAAACUCCCAGGACAAAAAAACACAGACUUUUUGCCUCCUCAGGGGAGGGACCAUAUGUCAUUAGGUAGAGGCGGGGGUCUCUCUAUAUACAUAAGGGGUAAUGCUAGUUAUAACCACUUUCUGAUCACUGGUUGUAACUUCACUAAUAACUUUGCACAGUGGGGUGGGGGUUUCUUUGCAGAACUUGUCGAUUCCUGCAAUCAUAAUAUGGUGAUGAUCAGAGAAGCCAUCUUUGAUCGAAACAGUGCUAAGUGGGCAGGUGGUGGGUUGCGCUAUGGUCUUAUUCAAGUCUUUUCUGGGAUGCAACCUUAUAACAACGGAACUUUUGUGAAAUGCAACUUUAAUGAGAAUUCUGCAAUUUGGGGUGGUGCAUGUUCUGUGUAUUCCACUGAGGAAAUGGCAACAAGUGAUGGCCGUGCAAGUAGUGAAAUUAACUUUGUUGACAGCAAAUGGACUAAGAAUACAGCUUCAAAUGGAGCAGCCAUUGGUUUAGCAUCAUGGAAAAUAUUAGCUGCUGGUGGAAUCGUUAUCCCCAAACUGACAAACUCUUACUUCUCGCAAAACAAGAUUGUUGACUAUCUCCUUGACUCCAAUAGGACCUCAGACUUUUCAUAUUCUGUGGUUGAGGGCCAAGGGGCAGUUUGCACAAAUGCUAUGCCAUUACAUUUCCUGGGUCGCAAUCAGUUUUUGUCAAAUUCUGGCACCGCAGUAUUACUGACUGAUGCAUCCAUGAAUGUGAAUGGUGAAAUGGAGUUUAUCGGGAAUAAUGGUCAUGAUGGCGGUGGGAUUUCUAUCAUGGGACAGUCCUGGAUUGUCAUCUAUCCUGGCACUAACUUCCUAUUUUCUAAGAACCGGGCAAUCCGAGGAGCUGCAAUCUAUGCUGAGUAUCCUGGCACACCUAACAGAGUAGCAUCCAAGAACUGCUUUAUCACAUACACUGGAAAGAGCACUGCAGACUCACUCAUAUCACCUGAGCAAUGGAAGACACACUUUAACUUCUCCUACAACAAUGCUACAGUUGCAGGGCACUCUAUCUAUGCUUCAACACUCAAGUACUGUGAAUGGUACAUGGAGGUAUUUGGCUUCAAAAGCAUACAGAUCUUCAACUGGACUAACUUUGUCUAUGAGAAUGUGUCACCUCUGCCAGGGUAUGAGAUCACUACCGAUCCAGUAGAUGUUUCCUUUGAUAAGAAUGACUGGGCCAAUGUAUCACCUAGCGAUGUCUUAAACCCUAGUGUGGAACUGAGAGAUGAAAGACAGCAGUUACUACCAGGAAUUGUAUUUGUUAGUAUAAACAACACCAACGAGUCAAAUGCAGCCGUUGACGUGAGCACCGGGCCAUACUUCCCUGCAAAGGAUAGAAUCUACUCCUUCCAGCUGAAGGGCAAGAGUAAAGAACCCUUCUCCCUUAUCAUGCAGACCGUCACCGGUCGGACCAUCAAGGGGGUCAUUCGCAAUAUUUCCCUGCAAGACUGCAGGCCAGGAUACUACAUGAGCUCAGACGACACCUGCCUCUGCAUGAAGUCUCCGACAUCACCCUACAGCAAUUCCUCGUACUCCCGAGGCAUCACGCGUUGCCAAGGCGACCGUGAUGUCUUCAUCCGCAAAGGCCUCUGGGCCGGCAUGGUAGGUGGUGACGUGUCCCUAUUUGUGACCUACCCUUGCCCGCCCAUGUACUGCGACUUCUCCUGCACCUCUAACGGCGCAUGCGCACCCCAUGAGUACCUCUUCCUCAAGGACCCCGCCCGCCAGUGUGCGGGCCACAGGACGGGUACCCUGUGUGGCGAGUGCCAGAGGGGGUAUAGUGUGGUCCUGGGGAGUGACCAGUGUAAGGUGUGUCCGCAAGAUAACACGUGGGUAGGAUACCUGAUCCUCUUCCUGGUUCUUGGGACGUUCGUUGUGGUUGGCGUCCUGAUUCUGAAUGUGGACAUCUCAACGGGUCAUUAUACUGGUUGCCUGUUCUUCUAUCAGGUUGUGUCGUUGCUUGUCCGUGACGGCUUUGAGGCAGACCCCGUCCUGACUGUCCUGAUGGGUCUAGCCAACGCCCAGGUGGGGUUCGGCGCGUGCAUGUGGCACGGAAUGACAGACAUGGAGAAGCUGGCCUUUACCUACGUCCUCCCGACCUACAUCCUUUUCCUGUGUGGUGUGGUCAUCGUUCUCUCCCGGCGACGCUUCUGUGUAUUCUCCAAGCGAUCCGCCCUCCGUGCCUUCGCUACGCUUUUCCUCGUCUCCUACACCACGUUUACCUCCGUAUCCUUAGAGUUGCUGCACUUUGCUUCAUUCCACGGGGAAUUAGUCCUCUUCAAGAGCGGAGAAGUGCCGUACUUUCGAGGCCCUCACCUCGUGCUCGGCAUUGUCGCCAUUCUAGUUGGGGUCGUUAUCGUUCUUCCUUUCCCGUUCGUGCUAGUCUUCAUGCAACCACUUUCUUACCUUAAGCCGGGCUUCGCCGGGCGAUGGAGACUAAAGCCGUUUCUGGAUAUCUUCCAAGGCGGCUACAAAACCGAUUAUCAGUGGUUCUCGGGUGUGUACUACCUCGCGCGUAUUGCUCUUCUAUGCAUUUACACUUUCGGGUUUGACGGAGCCAUGCGGCAUAGUCUGAUGGCUGCCAUCUGUCUCCUGUUAUUGACCCUUCUGGCGAAUAUCCGGCCUUACGGCACCACGAUCCCCCAUUCACAGGUGUACCAAAACACCUGGAUCAACCUGCUCGACUCACUUAUCCUUGCGGAUCUCACGUUCAUCGCGCUGCUUGGGUCGUUUUCGGCGUCGAGUGACAGUGCGUUUACCUCGCUUGUGUCGCCCGAGUAUUCGGCCGCUGAUUACGUGUGUAUCUUCCUUAUGUGGAUCCCGAUGGUGUACUUCUUUGCGAUCCUGGCGAUAAACAUCAGGCGCGUGUGUAUUAAGAGAAGGGCGAGGUUGAGGCGUGAGAACGAGGCUGCGGAGACGUCGCCCGAUUACACAACCAAGACACCUUCCUCGUUUGGCUUUGACGAUGAAUGAGAAAACGAUAUGUACUUCUAUGAGUGGAAAGCUGCUGGCUUUGACGAUGAAUGAGAAAACGAUAUGUUUUGAUAUGAGUGGAAAGCUGCUUGUUCGACGAUGAAUGAAAAAUGUUAUGUUCAACAGUUGUUAGAGAGUUCUAUAGCUCGUCUAGACUACGAUAUGAACAACAUUUUGAAAUAAAAAAUAGGGUACCCAGAUCGGUUUAGUGCAAAAUCUAAAAAAAUAGCGCGUUCUUGUACAAAACUGAGUGCAAUGCAAUUUAGAGGAAUGACCUAAAAAAAGUUUUUUGUCUAGGGUUAGUGUUAGAAUUAGGUUUAGAAAGGGUUUUUGUGUAUAGCUUUGGGUACCUCUCGCUAUUAUGUUUUUAUUUUCAUAAAAAAUAUUAUGUAUAAUGCAAUACUAUUAUAGGGAAUUAUUUAAUGCGGUUAUGGCUUGUCGCUUUUCUUUUUAUUUAAGAAUUGUAUUUUUAUCCUUGCUUUUAAUCUCGCGAUAUGGCUUUUAUAAAAACAAAUGUAAUAAAUAAUUAGUAUGACUUGAUUGGUAUGCGAUAUGUGACGUAAAUAUGUAGAUAAUUUUUUAAUCGUGAUGUAUGUGAGUAUUAUCUGUUCUUCCACGGAAGAUUUGCUCCAAUAUUCUUGCUAAUGAACUAUAAACUAUAACACUAUAUAUUCACGGGUGAUUCAGUACUUACCCGCUUAUUAUAACCUAGAAAUACUGGUUAGCCUAAAAAUACCAAUUUAGACCCCCGGUAAAUAAAAAUCUAUUUCUCCUAAAAUUUGAAACUUGUUUUUAUUUUUUUUAAAUUUACAUUUAAGAUCUCCCAGCAAUGUUUAAAGUUAUGAUUCUCGAGCAGUAAACUAAAACAUGUAUUCUAUAAAAUAUAUUGACAAUAUAUUGUACGAAGGCCAGACCAGUAUUGACAUUUCAUCAAUCUAGAUACCGUACCUCUACCAGCCAUAAGCAUAUUAUUUUUUCUUUAAAACUAAGAACUUUAAGAUCCUAACUAGCCUAAAAUUCAAAAUAGCACCCUUUAAAUAAGAACCGGUGUAGGCUUACCUGGAAAAACCUAGGUUCUUAUAAGCUUGUAAGUACUGUAGUACAUAACUAUCACGCCCUUUUUUAAACAAAAUUUGACAACGAUGGUAAUUACUAUAAAAACAACUUUUAACAACAAAAAUUAUUCGUGCUUUAUGGCCAAUUGUUUGACUCUGAGUUUUGUAAGAAAGCUUUAGGAUUUGCUAGUGUAAUUGGUCACUAGAUUAUUAUUAUUAUUUUUUUUUUUGAAAAUGGAAAAUAAAGCUGCUGGGCUGGCAGCAGGAGCUUGGAUAAGUUUUUGUUAAAAGAAAAGUUGUUGUUAAGCCCUUAUAAAGGGUAUAGUAUAGUAUCAUUAGUCAAGAAAAAUAUCGGAGAAUGAAGAAAGGAUCGAUAAUUGCAUGUUCAUACAAAUUCUAAAGGAGAAGUAAACCUAUUUGCAUUGCUAA